AUGGAAGAGGAGGACGAGAACGUCGACCCCCGACAGGCCGUCGCGGAUCUAGUGGAGGCGACGUCAAAGCAAGCAGUUGCCUCUUCUAUCCCUGAGGCCGCCGACGCCAUGUUGGACGCCAUGAACGUCAUGGAGUGGUGCCCGGCGCUACGUUCGACAGUGCUUUGCCGCCUGGCCAAAGACGAAGGCCUGAUGACGGUCUAG